ACGGCGGUCCAAGCGGGCUUGGCAGUGAGUCGCCUCCAGCUCUGGAGUCUCCCUCCACGCUCUCCGUGUUGAGACCGAGCAACUUCUUCUCACCACAACGCUCCACCGAUUUCGAGGCGGUUCCCGGCUCCAUCCUUGUCGAUAUGACGCCGAACUGGGACGGGAGCUCGGAGACAACUGCAUGAAUCCUGAAACACAGUGAGACAGGUGGCUUUGACAAAAGCCUCUGGAUGUGGUGUGUACUGCAACUCAGGUGAAAGACAGGGUGAACUGAUUGUUAGGAUGAAGGAGGAGAGUUUGUACCACCGAAGGUUGUCGAUGUCUCCAAAUGCCUCUUCCCCACCCAAAAUUGACCCCCGCAUCCUCACACGAAACUUUUCUUAUGGAGGAGACAACGAUCUCUACAACCUCAGCUCAGGCAGUGAGACAGACAGGCACGAUAUCUCCCUGAUGACUAAUGAACUUAGUCCUGCCCAGUCACCAGGCAGCAAGUCUGAGUCUAGGAUGUUUAAUGGUCUAGAAAAGGACUGUCCCUCACCAACAGAAAAGCUUGCUCGGAAGGAGUCUCUUAAGGUCCAAAAGCAGAAUUACCGUCAAGAAAAGAAGCGGGCUGCCAAAGAAUUGUUCAGUGCUCUGAAAGACCCGAGCGUUGUCAUUAUGUCAGACUGGCUAAAGAUCCGUGGCUCUUUAAAGAGUUGGACCAAGCUGUGGUGUGCCCUGAAACCUGGUGUUCUUUUGAUCUAUAAGACCCCUAAAACUGACCACUGGGUUGGCACUGUCCUGCUGAGUUCCUGCAAGCUCAUCGAGAGGCCCUCAAAGAAGGAUGGGUUCUGCUUCAAGCUUUACCAUCCACUGGACAAAUCCAUUUGGGCUGUCAAGGGUCCCAAAGGAGAGAAUGUAGGCUCCAUCACACAGCCUUUACCAAGCAACUACCUGAUCUUCAGAGCAUCCUCUGAGUCUGAUGGCCGAUGCUGGAUGGAUGCACUGGAGCUUGCUCUGAGUUGCUCCAGCCUCUACAAGCUAACAGCCAAGUCUGGAAAAGAAGGAGAUAUCAGCACAACUUCUGAGUCGUCCCACUUCCUCCAUCUUCUGCAGUCUACCACACUAGCAGACACAGAGCUUUUGCAGUUGAAUGAGUCUGAGCUGCUGGGCAAUCACCACAUGGACCAUGACGGAUUUUCUGACAAGUCAGAGCGUGAUGGUCACGAUGACUGGGACGCCUCUGCAAUUGAUAAUGGAGGAAGGUUGACAGAGGAGAGUGACAUGGACCAAUCAGAUGAACUGAUUUCUCCCGUGCCACAGGGUACAAUUUAUGUCGAGGAGGGCACAGAAGAGAUGGCUGAGGCUGGGGAAUCAUCCCAAGUUGAGACUGUUUCAGAGGAAAACAAGGGUAUGAUCUGGGGUAUUUUGAAGCAGCUGCGACCGGGCAUGGACCUCUCAAAGGUGGUCCUGCCUACAUUCAUCUUGGAGCCUCGCUCCUUCCUGGACAAGCUAUCAGACUACUACUAUCACGCUGACCUGCUCUCACAAGCGGCACAGGAGGACAGUGCAUAUGGCCGAAUGAAGCAAGUAGUCAGAUGGUACUUGUCUGGUUUUUACAAGAAGCCUAAGGGUCUGAAGAAGCCUUACAAUCCAAUAUUGGGGGAAACGUUUCGCUGCUGUUGGCCUCAUCCCCAAAGUGAAGGCUGCACUUUCUACAUAGCUGAACAGGUUUCGCACCAUCCGCCCAUUUCUGCCUUUUAUGUCUGCAACAGGAAAGAUGGGUUUUCCAUCAGUGGAAGCAUCUUGGCAAAGUCCAAAUUCUAUGGUAACUCUCUGUCUGCUAUCCUGGAUGGCAAAGCGAGACUGCUCUUUCUGAGCAGGGAGGAGGAGUAUGUCAUCACAAUGCCCUACGCUCAUUGCAAAGGUAUCCUGUAUGGGACGAUGACGCUAGAGCUGGGUGGAAAGGUUACCAUUGAGUGUGAGAAAAACAAGUGUUUCACUGAGCUGGAGUUCAAGUUAAAGCCGUUCCUGGGAGGCGCCUCUUCCGUGAAUCAGAUCAGUGGCAAGAUCCUUGUGGGGGAUGAGCUCGCUGCCACUGUAGAUGGACAUUGGGACGGUGAGGUUUUUAUUCAAGAGAAGCGCUCCGGACAGCAGGCAACCUUGUGGAACCCGAGCCCAGAAGUCCGCAGCAGUCGUCUCAAGAGACGUGUUGUCCUCUUUGACCAGCAGGGAGAGUUUGAGUCUGAAAGGCUGUGGCAGCACGUGACUCGAGCAAUUACAGAGCGUGACCAGGUUCAAGCCACACAGGAAAAGUUUGUGCUUGAAGAAGCUCAGCGCAAAGAGUCCAGGGAGCGGGGAGACAAACCCUGGACCCCACGACUUUUCUGUCAGGACCCAGUGACCUCAGAGUGGACCUACAAGCAUGUGGAAGCCGAGCCAUGGGAGGCAGAGCGUUGUCUGGUUCAGUUUGAGAGAGAUGGAGUCAUUCAAACGUUGGAGAAAACGCAGAGACAGCACAAUGGACUCUCUUACAGGGACAGCUGGCCCAGCCAACGCAAGGCUAAAGUGAAUGGGACACACAGGAAAGCCAGCAGUCAGCCAUCCAGCUGCAGCCAGAACACCGAGAGCAGCGGCAGCACCCCAGAACCGACACACGAGUCCUCUGAUAAUGAGGAGUUCUCAAACCACUGUGCACGCUGCAGUAAGGACAUGGCUCUCCUCCAGACCUCCAUCACUUCCAUACAGAAGACACAGCAAGAUAUUCAGAGGAACCUGGCCGCUCUGAGUCGCCAGCUCGCUCAGCAGAGGGCAGCAGACAACAGUGUGUCAUGGAUGAGUCGGCACUGUGUGAUCGUCUGUUUGGUGCUCCUCUCACAUGUUUUCCUCCGCUACUUCUACGCCUGAGAAACUCGGGUCUCCGUCCAGCCCUGAUCUGAGAUUUGAUCCCUCCCACAAGCACAAACUAAUCAACUGGGCGGGCCCAGAACUCAGACGAGAGUUGGGUGAGGGACUUGUCCUAUUCUUUUUCUUAUAUGGAGUGGCUUAGCAUGAACAUUAUAGCAAUAAACACAGCCAAUGCCUGUCAGACAUCUUCAGAUAGAAAUGACUCCCCCCCCCCACUGAGUGUAGCCAAAUUGAAAGAGCACCGGCACCCACGCACUUUGGACAGGAGAUGAGGGAUGACAGAAAGGGUCUUUCAAUACAAAAAAAAUGUAUAAGUUGUACAAUGAAGAAUGAUUUGUAAGAGACCACCACCAUCCCUUAGUGUCUUUAUCGACUUGCCCUGCAAUACUGUCUAUCUGUGAAUGUGUUUGUGUGUUGUUUGUAUAAAUCGUAGGCCCUACACGCGCUGGUAGAUCACCGCGCCAAAGUUUCGUACAACUUCCACUCCAGAAAUUGGGCCUUAAAACCGCUGAUGCCAAAAAAGGAAAACACGUCACAUACAAAUGAACAAAGGAACAUCUUUCAACAGUGCAAUUUAGUGUUUUGUAUUUACUGUAGGCACACAUCAGCUCUGUCUCGUCUUGUAAUGACAAUAAUUUUACCAAAACAGUAUUUAUAAUCCGAAAAGACAAAGAGUUAUUGUUUACAGGGAGCACUGUGUGUAUUUCUAGUGACACAUACUAAGUGUAGGAAGAAUGGCUAAUGUGGGUCAAGACUGAGAGCCAUACAAAGUGUCUUUAUAUUUGUGUGCCUGCUGUGGCACAAUGGAUGGGACGAUUGCGUAGCACUGUUUGCUUAAUGCUUUGUGUGGAUGCCUCCUACUUAGCAUCCAGACAGGUCUACAGUUUGACAUUCUGGUUUUUAAAUCACAAUUGUCUGACCAAGUUACCAUUUCACUCAUCCGUAAAGAUGAUCUACAAAUGCACUUAACACUCUUGUAACCCAGAAUUAUCAUCAACCUUUGUAUGAUUUGAUCUGUUGCUCCAGUUAACUAGAUGUCUGCAAUAGAUGGGUUAAGCAGCAUGCAACUCAAAUAACCUGUAAUGGUCAUCUACUUUUUUUUUUUUAAUGUCAAGUUGCCCACGGUGGAAACUGGCUAACAAUGUUUCUCACAAUCCCCAGAUACUAGUUUGUUUAAUGAGCGUUUGGAGUUCAUCUUGGUCCGAAACAAGUGACUUUGGAAAUGUAAAAAAUUAAUGAUUUGGUUGUAUUUGUUCUUUUAAAAGGUAUGUACAUAUUUGUCUGCAGUGCUUUUGUGCUCUGUGAUAAAAAGAAAUUUCAGAAUGUAUUUAUUGUGUGAUUUUACCCCCUUGGUAACUAAAGUAAUGUUGAAUCUUCGGGACCAGGGAUGACAAUCUUGCUCCCAGAGUUGCGUGCUCUUCUCAUGUAUGUAUUUUAGUUUGUGAGAAAGCCAUUGAGCUAAACGCAAAGCUAUGUCUGUGACUUUGUUUGUUUUGAGCAUUUUCUAACAUUUCAGUUCAGUGCCCAGUUUGUAACACUUCAGUCCAGUGCCAGAACUGAUCUACCCAACGGGAGCAAAUUUUAGCGAUGAAAGUCGACUCUGAAUGAAUGAUUUUGUGUACUUUUUUCCAUUAUUUUCCUGUUUUUAUACUCGAUCACCAAUUUCCGGGAUUGUAUAUGCCACUUACUUUUGUUAUAUUGAACAAGAACUCAAUGAUGCCCGUUUCUUUUUUUCAUUCACACUUGUUGCACACUGUAGCACUACAGUAAAACAGUUUUAACCCUAA